GGGUAGAGAGGGGGGCGUAUGGAGGCGGCGGUGUGGAGCUUCAGAACAGAACAGUAACUGACGGAGGCCAUGGCGGGGCGUCACGCAAUCCUCGGCUCCUUUGUGUUAGUGGCCAUCGCUGCCACCACCAUCCCGCCCCACGGAACAGCGGCCACCACCCAACGCAAUAUUCUGGAUGACCAGAUCGUGAUGGCCUUGGAGAGCCUGAGGGACCACAUGUCCGAAGGGUGGCCGGAACUGGGGGUGCCCCCGCUGGACCCCCUCACGCUGGGACACGUGAAUAUUGACAUCCACAACAACGGCACCACUGUGAAAGGGGCUUUGGCGGAGGUUACGAUGAACGGGCUUUCCACCUUCAAUAUCGACCUGGUCCACAGUAGCCCCCUCCAGGUCAAGGUGGAGAUCGGCCUCGGCAUCCCAAUCCUCGACAUCGCUGGCAACUACAACUUCACGGGACAAAGCGGCGUCUUUCCCAUCUUUGGCGUCGGUCCCUUCUGGCUAGAUGCUCUCAACGUCACUAUUUCGGCGAUGGUCGACCUCGGGCAGACGGAGGAGGGCGUCUUUGGCGUGACAGUGCUGGAACUCGACAUCACCUGCCCCACGACUGACAUCCACUUCGAGAACAUCAUGGGUGGCGGGGAGAUGGCGGACUUUGUGAACGAUCUCCUUAGUGCGAUGGGGCCAGACUUCCUGCAGGCCAUCGAGGACGAGUACAUGCCGUGGCUGGAGGAGGCGCUGAUACACGAGAUUAAUCAGAUCCUGCAGGGAGGCGGCGGCGAGGGAAAGAAACAAAAAGAUGAGUCAGUUAACGAUUAUUUCGACCUCGUCUUCGCCAACUUGCGCCAGAGCAUUAUUGAAAACGGACAGGACCCGCUUCCUCUCCCGGCUGACAGCGAUAAUUUUACUGUUACCUUGUUUAACCGAACCACGGAAGGUGAGGUGGAGGCGGGGCCGGGAAAGCUGCUGGGCAUGUCGUCGGUGCACCGCGCGGGAGACAUGGAGCUGCAUUACGUGGGGCAGGAGAACGAGGUGGUGUGGAAGGGCGAAGUGGGCCUCAUAGACCUGGAGGUGGACUACAGGUUCGCCUUGACGCUGCCGCUCCUCGGGAAGGACUUGAGCUUCACCGCCAAGAUCUCCUUCAUGCACCUCAGUUUCGAGACAGACGUGUUUCUCCACCAGUCUGAGAUCGUCCUGCCCUACUGCAAUAUUACGGAGCUGGGGCCUGUACACUUCAAGGAAAAAGGUGCGGGGCCGCUGGACUCAUCGCUCUACAACGCGCUGAUCAACCUCCUCCUCGGGGAGCUGGAGGGCCUCGUUACCACUGCCGUUGAGGACGCUGUGUGCGCCUUGCUGGAGGACGCCUUCGCCUCUUCCGGAUAACAGUGUUGCGGUGAACUUGUCUCCUUCCUACCCCGGCUGGACUAAGGGGUACUCCUCCCACACCUCGGCAUCUCUCGCGUGUGUGUAUAGUAGGUACUUUACCUAUACUAUUAUAGGGGGAGCAGUGCCUGUCCGGGAGGUGGGAGUAAUAAAGACUUUCAGGGAC